AAGUCAGUCACAAACCGAUUCCGAUAUCGUAUGAUCUUGUAUUUGAUGUUAUUUCAUCAAAUAUUAUUACUAAUAACCUUUGUAUCGUGUUUUAAGUGUUUUACGCGAAACCAACUACGAUUUAAGUGCGAACUUGAGCCUAUUAACAGUGUAUUUCGCGAGUGUUUCAUAGUGCAAAGUGUAACUUUAGAAAAACAGUAAAUCUCGCUGUUUUCCAAGUGCUUUUACCUGUUUUCGUGGAUUAUCUUCCGUUAUAGGAGUUAACGGAGCGUAACAAACCUUUGGUGCUACAGUCUUUGUUGAAUGAAAGUAAUUUUACACAAAGACUGAUACCAAUCUGUAAUUCCGAUUACAGAUAGUAAAUAACUGAAAGUGCAGUGGUCUGGCGCACCGCCAGUGUGGACUAAACACGUUUCAAACAAACCCAGUGACAAUGUCAUCCACAAACAUGUAUACCAACCUAACGAACGAAAGUGUGCGAAAGUGACACCUGUCAAAAUGACGGAGAAAAGAAGAAAGAAGGCGAUACAUUUUAUUAAAACAAUAAGGACUAUAUAGCGAUAGUAUUUUUCUUUUAAUUUUUAAUAGACUCCCAAUUUUUUUUUUAAAACCAAUACUGAUCUCAUAAAAGUGCUCAAUUUAAACAAAAAUAAUGAUUUCGUUGAAGAAAUUGUACGGAGACGAGCUGCUACGACUGGCUCUGGUCUUAAGCCUACUUAAGGUGGACCCCAACGAUUACUUAGAGAGGGAGACUCAGCAGAUGCUGGCUGGACUCCACAUUUCAAACGGAUCCGAUUGGUCUUUAGAACAGGAGGCCAGGACACUAAUAAGACCAAGAUACGUCCAUCCAAAGUCUUUAGACAACAUCCUGAUAAACUACGAGAGACAAUUGUUCGAGGAACUGAACUCUUUAGGCCGAUAUGGUAAUCCAGAAACGGAUUAUAAUGAACGGAUUUGGAGUAACAGGGCGCCUAUACUUCAUACAUAUUUAGUGAACAAUGUAGCGACGGACGCAGUCGCGCCACCGCUCGCCUCGGCGACGGUUAACGAAAAUGCUGAGGAUUCAGUUUCGGCGGACGAUAACGUUGCUCAAGAAGUUAAAGUAGAAGAGACGGGAGAAGAGGAAGUUGAAACAGAAGAAGCAGAACGAAACAAUGAAGAAAGACCAGACGCAGUUGUUACUCUGUCAGCAGACUUCCUCCACAAUAGGACAGAAGAAGAUAUAUUCGCUGAAAUAGCGUCAAGGUCUUUUGACGUCAACGAGCUAUUAGUACAACCAUCCGAGAUGCAGAUCAAGAAAGAAGAUGAGGACUUUGAAGUCCAUGUAAAGAAGGAAGCAGAGGAUGAUUUGUAUAGCGACAACGCUAUAGAUUUCAUGCCAUUCUUUAGUUCAAAGACUGAGAUGGAGUUUGGUGAAACAAAUUCUGUUUUGCAACAAAACAUGGCUGAUCUGCAAGAGUUUAAUGACGUAGAUGAUGGUAAAGAGUUGAAGCAUGAUUUGGAGUAUUUGGACGUCAAACAACAGCAGGAAAACUUGGAACAGUAUUUACUGGAGAAUACUCCUUUGGAUGCUGAAGUAUAUGAGCUGGCUCCAAUGUUUGAAGAAGAGUUGGUUCUGAAUGUGAAGAGAGAAAGAGCCAGUACGAGUUUCACGGCUAGUUCCAGUGGUGUUAGUGAUAUGGAUGCUUCUACUGAUGGUGUGGAUGUCAAAAUGGAGCCUGAUGAAGGGCAUCAUACGGGUGACGAGUUGACGCAAGAGGACAUGGACCUCAUCGAGGUGCUUUGGAAGCAGGAUGUGGACAUGGGUUUCUCCCUGGAGGAUCCUAUGCAGCCGGAAGGUCCUACAGCAACCAAAGUGCUUGGAGAUGAGAUUGAGAAAGAACUGAAGCUUGCAGAAGAAAAGAUCGUGAAGAAGAAUGAGGAAAAAGCUGAGAUUGAAAAGGUUAAGGCUUCGUUACUGGACUCCGAGAUUAAGGAGGAUGACCCUUGGGCCGGACUCUCUUAUACCGUCGAUACUGAAACAGAUGCUAUACAAGCUGCUCAAGAUGAGGAGACUUCAUCAUCGGCCGCAGGAGAGGUGAUGGGUGAAUACGUGAUCCAAGGUGAUCUUCCUCGUGAGCUGGUGAGCAGUGAGGAGUCCCGUUUCGAUCUUCUGGAAGAAGCUCUCGGCCUAGUCGAGCUCGGCGAAGAGCCGGAGACCAAGAAUGAACCGCCGGAAGCGAUAGAGGGCAGCAGCAGCGGGUCUACCACCAGCUCGGAGAUGCUGCACCCAGCGAUGCGGCACGUGCCGCAUCACCCGUUGGCGCACUACCAUAAUCAGUCGUUGAUGCGGUCUAUGUCGGUGGAGCAACGCUGGCAAGACCUGGCGUCUCUGCUGACCAUCCCCCCUCCCCCUCCGCCGGACCAGUACCAGCACUACCACCACCACCACGCCCACCAGCAUCCUCAUCCACAUAAUAUUGCUGCCCACGGCGCCGCGGGCGGCUAUGGCUCCAACUACCACACCGCUAUACCUCCAGUACCUGAGAAACAUCCUGAAGCCUAUGGAGGCGCAGCGGCACCGUUGGACGGUGCUUACAAGGUGGAAUCGAACCAGCACCCUCAACAACAUGAUCCACUCUACUAUCAGAACGCGUCAGCCGAAAUGGCUGGCCCCACCAACCAGGAUGGGUUUCUCCAGUCUAUCCUCAACGACGAGGACCUGCAGCUCAUGGACAUGGCUAUGAACGAAGGAAUGUACACGAUGCGUAUGCUGGACGGCGCUGGACCGCACCAUGCUCCUCAUCACACACACUCACAUAUGAUGAUAACAGAGAGAGACUCCGCCUCGGACAGCGCCGUGUCGUCGAUGGGAUCCGAGCGUGUUCCGUCUCUGUCUGACGGAGAGUGGUGCGAUGGAAGCGACUCUGCCCAGGAGUUCCACAGUUCAAAAUUCCGACCGUACGAUAAUACGUUUGGACGGGAUCGGUCUGCUCCACAUCAGCCCCAGAAGAAACACCAUAUGUUCGGCAAGAGGUGCUUCCAGGAGCAACCAGCUCCGACCCUGGAUCCAGUCGGUAGACCUGGAGUUGUGAAGUACGAGUGCCCAGAGCAGACUUAUCACCAUGAGAACAUGCAUAUGCAUAAUGUCCCCGACUUCACCCCCCGGCCGCAGCUGGCUCCCCCCCACGUGACCAAUCUCCACGCCCCCGCCCUGGACCUCAACACCGCACACUCCAGCCAUGCUCUGCUACAGAGUAACAUCCCGAGCCCGGCUCCCCCCCGGUUCGCGUACGGCAGUGCGGAGCGCGUGCGCCACAACCACACGUACUCCGCGCCCAUCGCCGCCAACGACCAGCGCCCCGCCGCCGUACGGGACAAGAGAGUCCGGCGUCUAACAGACGGCAGCAUGUCGGACGGCGGCUCGUCAGCGACAAGCAGUGGGCAGCAUCUGUCUAGAGAUGAGAAGAGAGCAAAAGCAUUAGUGAUUGCAGGGAUUCCCUUGGAGGUGCAAGACAUAAUAAAUUUACCGAUGGACGAGUUCAACGAACGCCUUUCGAAACACGACUUGAGUGAGGCGCAACUGUCUCUCAUACGGGAUAUACGGAGGCGCGGGAAGAAUAAGGUUGCAGCCCAGAACUGCAGGAAACGCAAGCUAGACCAGAUUACCUCCCUCGCAGAUGAGGUCCGCACAGUGAGGGACAGGAAGCAGAGGACCCAGAGGGAACACAGCUCACUCCUCGCUGAGAGGCAACGGGUUAAAGAACGCUUCGCCGCGCUAUAUAGACAUGUUUUCCAGAACCUCCGCGACCCUGAAGGUAGACCGCUGUCCUCCCAGCAGUACUCGUUGCAACAAGCCGCCGACGGCAACGUCGUACUCGUACCGAAAAUGCCGCAGCACCAAGAUCACCCAAUGAACCGCACCAACGACGACGAUAUGGACAGAAAAGCCAAAAGCUACGACCAGUAACUCCGCCUAGUUCCCGAGAUGGUAACACACAGACGAACACACAAGACUACAUACAACGCAAUAAUUGUUAUUAAUAUACAACUUAGUAGAGAGUGACUUUAAAAGUAAAAACAAAAAAAAUACUUUACCUACCUUUUGUUAUCUGUGAAAAAAAGAUGUCAAACGUCAAAAUUGAUUUGGAUAAGCGAUUUUAGACUUUAAUGGCUUUGUGAUAAAGUACAUAAUUCAAUAAUGUAUGCAUUUUUUCAUAUAUAAGGCCUAGAACAUACACGACCUCUUUUAAAAAAAAACUAACAAACAAAUUAUAAAAAAGAACAACUGUCAAAUUCAAAUCUCCAAAUGUGACAGCUGACAUAAAUUGAUUUUGACGUUUGACGGGAAAAUUAUUUUAGCUUACCAAUUUAAUACAAAUUAGUAUUUUUUAAUUCUUACCGAUGAUAAAAUAUUGUGUUACCAUACCAUAUUGUUGAUAAAUUUACGUUUAAAUAAUAAUGACGGUGUCUCAAAACGAAUUAGCUAUGUUUUAAAUAUCUGUGCGUGCAUUAAACUACUCCUUUUACAUUUAAA